AUUGCCACAAAAUGCAAAUUCAACCGGUGGUUAAGGACAUGAAAGAAGAGAAAGAGUUGCCUAAUCUGAAUUGUCAUAGUUGCCAAAAAAAAUUUACCAAAGAAAAAGAUAAAUAUAUUUUUUAUUCUUAUAAAGGAUGGGAAGAAAAAUUUUGUUCAAGCGAGCAUUUAAAGGAUGGAUUUAAAAUUGGAAAAUUCUCUAGUGAAAAAAAGUCUUUUUCGGCCAAGGAAUUAAAAUCUUUGUUAACCCAAACCCAAAAACAGUUACAAGAGUUAGAAUUAACGAAUCAAGAGCCAACUGGGGACUCCGAAAAACCCAUUAAUAAGAGUAAAAAAACCGAGAAAAAGUUGGAAUUGCUUCUAGAAAUCUUGGAAGUGGAAGAAGAACAAAUAACCAUCAGUUUUCGUUGCGAACAGGAACAAAAAAUCGAUUUUUGUCAUUUGCCAAAAAUGAACUCGCAAGGAAAUUUCAUUAUUAACGGUCAUGACAAGGUGGUAGUUUUUCAGUCU